AUGAAUCCAGCCACAACAACUCUCCCCAUGGCUUCCUUGUACGUCGGAGACCUCCAUCCUGAUGUGACCGAAGCAAUGCUUUUUGAGAAAUUCUCUUCCACGGGUCCCGUUACCUCCAUCCGAGUUUGCCGUGACAUGAUCUCUCGAAGAUCGCUCGGUUAUGCUUAUGUGAACUUUCAACAACCGUCCGAUGCUGAGAAAGCACUCGACACAAUGAAUUUUGAUGCAUUAAAAGGUCGUCCCAUCCGAAUCAUGUGGUCGCAGCGAGAUCCGUCUCUUCGUAAAUCCGGUGUGGGAAAUGUCUUCAUUAAGAACCUCGACAAAAGCAUUGAUAAUAAAUCUUUGUACGAUACUUUCUCUUCAUUUGGAAACAUUUUGUCCUGUAAGAUUGUCUCUGAUGAAAAUGGAUCAAAAGGUUAUGGCUUUGUACACUUUGAGACGGAAGAAGCUGCAUUGAAUUCUAUUGCGAAGAUCAAUGGAAUGUUGUUGAAUGGCAAAAAAGUGUUUGUUGGUAAAUUUAUCCCUCGACGGGAACGGAUGCAUCAGCUUGGUGAUAAAAUGAAAAAAUUCACCAAUGUUUACAUAAAAAACUUUGGAGAGGAACUGAAUGAUGAAAGUCUUCGAAAGCUUUUUGAGAAAUAUGGUACUAUAGUUAGUGCCAAGGUGAUGACUGAUGCCUCUGGAAAAUCACGUGGCUUUGGCUUUGUAAGUUUUGAAGAAGCUGUAAAUGCAGAAAAGGCUGCCAAUGAAAUUAAUGGUAUGGAAAUUGCUGGAAGGCAGCUAUAUGCUGGUCGUGCACAGAAAAAAGCUGAAAGACAAGCAGGUCUUAAGGAGAAAUUUGAAAAACUGAAGAUGGAAAGAAUAAACAGAUACCAAGGAAUCAAUUUGUAUGUGAAAAAUCUUGAUGACACUAUUGAUGAUGAGCUACUCAGGCACCAUUUCUCAAGUUAUGGUACCAUCACAAGUGCUAAGGUAAUGAUGGAAAAUGGUCGCUCAAAAGGUUUCGGGUUUGUGUGCUUUUCCACUGCUGAAGAAGCCACAAAAGCAGUAACAGAAAUGAAUGGUCGAAUAAUUGACACAAAACCCCUGUAUGUUGCUCUUGCUCAGCGCAAAGAAGAGCGCAAAGCCCAACUUGCUUCCCAAUACAUUCAGAGAAUGACGAGUAUCCGCAGCCAGGUGAGCAGUGUUGGUCAGAUGGGCCAAAUGUUCCCGGCAAGUAGCGCUGGCUUCUUUCUACCCGCAGUGGCACAAGCUCAGAGAAGUUUCUUCCCGCAACAAGUUCCCCAAAUGCGCACUGGGAUACCUCGUUGGCAGCCACGUCCAGCUACUGGCCAGGCAAACGCAGGUUAUCAGCAACUGACUGCACCGCAGAUAAGACAGUCCCGUCCUUCAGUCAGUGCAGCUGCUCCUCAGAAUAUGCGAUCAAGCAUGAACCCACGCUCUAUAACCAAUCAGAUGUCAGCUCCCAGGGGCACUGCUAGUGGCGUGCAGAGCUUGACUAGUGCUACAUCAAAUAUUGGUCGACCUAGUGUUUCAGCACAGAACACUCGACAAUAUAGCAGAUUUGGUCAGAUACGGUCAACGGGCAGUCAGUCUGAUGGUGUACAACAGCCAUCACAGGCCUCUUCAUCGACAAGCCAGGCUGUCAUGGUUCCAGGACAAGAACCUCUGACAGCAACCAUGUUAGCUGCUGCUCCACCCCAGGAACAAAAACAGCUUUUGGGUGAACGUCUCUUCCCACUGAUUGCUCGUUAUCACAGUGCACUUGCAGGCAAGAUCACUGGCAUGUUGCUCGAGAUAGACAACACAGAAUUACUGCAUAUGCUUGACUCCCCAGAAUCUUUGCGUUCAAAGGUAGAAGAAGCUGUUGCUGUCCUCCAGGCUCAUCAGGCCAAGGAAGCUGCACAUCUGGCAGUCAAGAAAGAAUAA